AUGGUCGUAGCCAUCGACAUGGAACCGGCCGGUUUUUCUCAAAAAAGAAAUCGUUGGAUUACUUUUGACCUCAAGGAAAAACGGAAGAUGUUUCCGAGGUGAAGUCGACGCCGGCGGAAGUACCACGAGCGGAUGCCGGCGCCGUCAUGGUUUGCGGCCUUUGCGUGAGUUUUUUUUGAGUAAUAACCAUAAGAUUCAUACAGUGAACCUCAAAAAAACAUCCGUUCUAUAGUCUGUGUGCCUCGACUUGAAAUUUCACCGGACGACAUUCCGCUGUUCCGCUGCGUGGUCGCGCUUUUAAUUUUUUUUUCUAUUAUUAAGGUACUCUAUUUUCAUGUGCUCCCACAAAAAUAACAAUCAAUUGAAAGCGUGUUCUAUAUUCAAAAGACGCUUCGCGAACGCACGCAGCGGAACAGCGGAAUAUCGUUCCGUGAAAUUUCAAGUUGUGGCACACAGACUAUACACAGGCUAUAGUACUCCGAAUCCGGCAUUGGCCCUGUCCUUUCGCAUUUCAAAAGAUAACAAAAAGUUGACCAGCCAACGUUCAGGGUUACGGAGUUUUGGUGCAAGAAGUGGACAUGUUAAUGGUGAUGCUGGCCCUCAUCGGCGGAUUUUUCUUUUUCCCUCUUUGUUACCUCAUUUUCUGCGUUCGUCGAUAUUACCGCUGCAAUGUUUGCGGAGCGAUUUACUGA